UCAGCUGUGUGCAAUCGCGACCAAUUUAUUAGAAAAAUAAUGUAUUUUAUAGUAUUUUUAUCCAGUUAGAAGGAGUACUGGACACGGUAUUCAUAAUAUUAGGAAACAUGGACUGCCCGUCUAAUAUUACAACAGUGCUUAAAUUAUAUUCAAAUUGCAUGUAGUCUUUCCAAUCCGCAUUACUUUUGAUGCAUCAAAAGGAACAAUACAUUUUUGAGGUAAAUUAUCCUUAGCUUCUGCUAGAAGAAAUGGAUACAGUAAGAGAUGAAGACAGGCGCAGGCGCCUGAGGGUGCUGGAGGAGCGUAUAAGAGAUCCAAGAAGUGUUACGAAUAUCGAUUGUCUGUUGGAUACAGUCCAAGCCUUGGUGGCAGAUUGUGAUCAUUCUAGUGUAAAACGUAUGAAGAAUAUAGAAGCAUAUAUGAAUAGAUAUGACUCAGUCGCUCAAGAUAUUUGCAAAAUGCGAAUGCGUACAGAUGACUUCACUUUGAUAAAAGUGAUAGGUCGUGGGGCAUUUGGAGAAGUACAGUUAGUACGACAUAAGUCUACACAAAAAGUGUAUGCCAUGAAAUUACUCAGUAAAUUCGAAAUGAUCAAACGGUCAGAUUCAGCUUUUUUUUGGGAAGAACGUGAUAUAAUGGCACAUGCUAAUUCCCAGUGGAUAGUUCAGCUUCAUUUUGCAUUUCAAGAUCAAAAAUAUCUUUAUAUGGUGAUGGACUAUAUGCCGGGUGGUGAUUUAGUAAACUUAAUGUCGAAUUACGAUAUGCCAGAGAAAUGGGCAAAAUUUUAUUGUGCAGAAGUGGUGCUUGCAUUAGAUGCAAUACACCUAAUGGGAUUUGUUCAUCGAGAUGUGAAACCGGAUAAUAUGUUACUUGAUAAACACGGUCAUUUGAAACUGGCAGAUUUUGGUACUUGUAUGAGAAUGGAUACUGAUGGACUUGUUCGAUCUGAUACUGCAGUUGGUACACCUGAUUAUAUAUCACCAGAAGUACUUCAGUCACAAGGUGGCGAAGGUGUAUAUGGAAGAGAAUGCGAUUGGUGGUCAGUUGGUGUGUUCUUGUAUGAAAUGCUUGUCGGUGAUACUCCUUUUUAUGCGGAUUCAUUAGUUGGAACAUAUUCCAAAAUUAUGGACCACAGAAACUCUCUACACUUUCCCCAAGAACUUGAUAUUUCUCACUCGGCCAAGAAUUUGAUAUAUGGCUUUCUUACGGACAGAACAAAACGUUUAGGAAGGAAUGGGGUAGACGAGAUAAAAAGCCAUACUUUCUUUAAAAAUGAUCAGUGGACUUUCGAAAAUUUACGAGAAUGUGUGCCACCAGUUGUACCUGAACUUUCUGGCGAUGAUGAUACUAGUAAUUUUGACGAUGUUGACAAAGAAGAUGGACCGGAGGAAAGUUUUCCAGUACCGAAAGCAUUUUCUGGAAAUCAUUUACCGUUUAUUGGUUUCACAUAUUCAGGAGAUUAUCAGUUAAUGGCUUCUAGCGGCAAUGAAUCUGUGGAUGGAUUAGAAAAUCAUAUUAAUAAUGGUACAAGUGAUGAUAUUAAAAUUUCCCAAUUAGAAAAUUUAUUGGAUCGAGAGAAAAGGCAAGUGGAGUCCUUGGAAUCGAGACAGAAAGCUUUAACGACACAAUUAGAAGCUAUGACACGUCGAGAAACUGAAUUGCGCGAAGAAAUAGGUAGAGCGGAUAAGGAACUGACUUUAUUACGACAUAAUUACAAAGAAGCACAACGUAGAGUAGAACAUGAAACGGAUUCACGUAGGAAAGCAGAGUCGUUGUUCGUUGAAUUGAAGAAGAAGUUUGAUGAAGAGCAGACAAAAAGGGCUCGCGAUGCAAGUAAUUCACAACAAACUUCUGAACGCGUCACUGCCUUAGAAAAACAAAUUAAAGAAAUGCAGUCAAAAUUAGAACGAGAAACAGAAACCACAACGAGGUUGCGGAAACAAGCUACAGAAAUUACUGUGGCUCGACAAGCUGCAGAACAAAUGGCAAAUGAGCUACAAGUGGCAAGAGCACAGUUACAGGCACAACGAGAUAACUUACAGCAAGAAGUGGCUACAUUACAAGGACAGUUAUCAAAAGAGCGCAGUUCUCGAUCACAGGCCUCUUCUUUAACUGCUGAAUUGGAAAGUCGUCUCUCCACUCUUCACCUGGAACUUGAACAUAGUCGAGAAAAAGAGGAAAAAGCAAUCACGGAUAAUAGACAAUUAACAGAAAGAAUUUCGGCACUGGAAAAAGAGGCUGCCAGCUUAACUCUGGAAUUAAAAGCUGCACAAGCUAGAUACAAUCAAGAAGUGGUGGCUCAUCAAGAAACGGAACGUUCGCGUAUACUAUCGAAGGAAGAAGCUAAUUUGGAAGUUGUUAAAGCAUUACAAGCUAAACUAAAUGAGGAAAAAAGUGGACGACAACGCGCUGAACUGCUUGCCCAAGAGAAAGAACGGCAAACUUCUAUGCUCUCUGUGGAUUAUCGUCAGAUACAACAGCGAUUGCAGAAACUGGAGGGUGAGCAUAGGCAAGAAGUAGAAAAGGUGAAAGUAUUACAGGGCCAGGUCGAACAGGAACAGCAGAAAAGAAACGUUCUGCAGACUGAUCUUGCACAGCAGUCGUCUGAAGCAGGACGAUUACGUGCUAGGGAGCAACAGUUAGUUGGCGAAGUUGCUCAGUUAAGAGAAGCGAAACGACAGAUAGAAGAAGAAUUACAUCAUUUGAAAACUCAGAGAAAUGUGGAUCAGUUGCAGACUAAGGAAUUACAGGAACAAUUGGAAGCAGAAGCUUACUUUUCGACUCUCUACAAAACACAGACACAAGAACUUCGUGAAGAACUUGAUGAAAAGAUACGAUUACAACAGGAGUUAGAAGAGGAGCGUAGCUCUUUAGUACACCAGUUGCAAUUAUCACUAGCUAGAGGAGAUAGUGAAGCUUUAGCAAGAUCAAUAGCCGAAGAAACUGUAGCAGACCUUGAGAAGGAGAGGACAAUGAAAGAAUUAGAAUACAAAGAUGGAGUAGCCAAGCAUCAUCAAGAAUUGAAUGUUAAAGAACAGGUCAUAAACCGCCUCAAAGACAGUGAAAGUGAACUGAAGAAAAACGUUGAUCAAUACUUCAAGGAAAAGGACGAUUUAAGUAAGCGGCUUAAAGAAUUGCAGGAUCAACUAACUAAAGCACAAUCGAAUGCUGAAGAAAUAGAUAAACUCAGUAGUAAAUUAAGAACUGAGCAGUUGUUGAAGCAACAAGCAGUUAAUAAGUUAGCAGAGAUCAUGAACAGGAAAGAUUUAUCUUCAAGUGGUAAAACGAAGAACAAAGCAUCCGCAGCAGAUUUAAGGAAAAAAGAGAAGGAUUGCAGACGUUUGCAACAGGAGCUUACGCAAGAGAGGGAAAAGUACGGACAACUGGCAGCUAAAUGGCAGAAGGAUUUACAAGAUUUACAAGCACAACUGGUAGAAGAGAAUCAAGCGAAAUUGAGGUUACAAAUGGAACUUGAUUCGAAAGAUUCAGAAAUCGAAACUUUGCAAAUGAGGAUUGCGUCACUCAAUUCGGAAACUGCCAGUGUUUCAUCCGUUGAAAAUGACGGAGAAGAUUCUGUUUUAUCGGAGCAUGGUACCAUGAGAUUGGAAGGCUGGUUAAACGUGCCAAACAAACAGAACAUUAAAAGGCAUGGGUGGAAGAAGCAAUACGUUGUCGUUUCCUCCAAGAAAAUAAUAUUUUAUAACAGUGAAAGUGAUAAGCAAAAUGCCGAUCCAGUUUUAAUAUUGGAUCUAAAUAAGGUCUUCCACGUUAGAUCCGUUACUCAGGGUGAUGUCAUCCGAGCCGAUGCCAAAGAUAUUCCCAGAAUUUUUCAGUUGCUAUACGCUGGUGAAGGUGAGGCAAGGCGUCCUGGUGAUGAAGGAAACGCACUGCCCGGUGUGGAACUGCCACAACUUGCGGAUAAACCAGGCACGCAGUCGUUAAAAGGCCAUGAGUUCGUUUCUAUAUCGUAUCACAUGCCAACAACUUGUGAGGUAUGCUCGAAACAGCUGUGGCACAUGUUCCGACCACCACCGGCCCUCGAGUGUCGAAGGUGUCGCAUAAAAGUCCAUAAGGAGCAUUUGGACAAGAAGGAGGAUGCCAUAGCGCCAUGUAAAUUGCACUAUGAUCCAAACAGCGCCCGUGAACUAUUAAUCCUAGCUAGUAAUCCCGAUGAGCAGAAGUAUUGGGUUGCAAGACUGUCUAGACGUGUACAGAAAUGUGGCUACAAAGCGAAUUCGCACGUCGAUGGCACGGGACAACGUGUCUCGCCAAGAGAGUCCACCAGGUCUACCUUGAAGCCAUAUUUAUCGGUACAACAACGAUCCGCGACACUGCCGGCGAACGCCAGCAUGGGCAAGUGACCGUAAACUGGCAUCGAGCGAUGCCUGGUUUGAAAUUCGUUAGUACGACGACUUUCCUGUCGAUCCUGGUCGAGCCGGGCAGGUUCGAUUAAUCGAUUUGUCUCGCGUUCUCGAGCCGGGCGGCGGACAUUUUUACAUGGACUUCGUGACGCCAGACGGGAUUCGAGUUUCGUGUGUCUAACCAGCAUCCCGGUCGGAUCUCUGUGUCCGGACGUAGUCGGUUGGUGAUAUUGUCUCUUGUAUCCCCUUUAAUCCGCAGCUAGCUUGUUAGUCGAAUGGAAAGAACACGACCUUUAAUGUGCAGGGUAUUCGUAUUAUUGAUACUUUAAAUUAUUCAUAAACCGUGUGAGAGAGAGAGAGAGAGAGAGAGAGAGACAGAGAGAGAGAGAGAGAGAGAAAGAGAGAGAGAGAGAAACUAGAAUAGGACAAAAGAUUCCUCGCAAGAAAUAGGUCGAUAUUAAUUAACGUUCAGAGUUUACAAUAAAAUAU